AUGUUGUCUGCGGAGCCCCGAGGUCGCAGCUUUACUUCGUUCCAUGCGUUUAGUGCCAACCGUGGAGCUGCGACGAAUGCUUCGCGUCCGUCAACCACAAGUGAACAACUGGAGAGUCUGCGAGAACGGCUGCAGAUGUCACGCCACUACAAUUAG